UAAAUAGAAUUCAAUUGAUGUUUUCAACCUGAGGGUUGUUUUUUUUACAGCGAUCCAAAUGUCUGUAAAGUCUAGAUUGAGGUUACACUGUACUCUUAUUAAGCACAGCGCUAAAAAGACAGUAAAACCAGAGCCUGUGUCCUGCAUGGAGGAAUUGGGAUAAUGGUUGUUCUCAGCUGACAGGUUCAGAAAUGUUUCCUUCCUGGAUGUAGGUCAGCUCCUGCUACACUUUACAUUUACUAACAUUUAACCCGCUUCGCUUUCUCUGUUUGUCGCUGAAUAUUUAACGUCCUCACGGUGUCAGGGUAGAUUCCAUCAUGCCUCGGUGCAGCACACGUUCGUGACUGUUUGAAAUGUGGGUCAGGUUCUGUGCGGAUGGAUAAUCUGCUGCUCCGCAGUCACAGCAGGUCGCAGUGCUUUCAUGAAGCUGCUGUAGGCAAUCGUGUCACUGAGCUGCUGCUGAUCCCCAAACAGGAAACACAGGCUCUAACCGACCGAUCCGACCUCAGCCGGAGCGCAGCCGCUCUUAGAUAAGAUACAUGGAAACUGACGGCACAAUAAAUACACAGAACCAAAACACACGAAUCCAAGAAUUAGUUUGACACUUCUGUAUGGUUUUAUCAUCAGGGGAAAAAAAAACUCCUUUAAGGUGGAAUCACUUGACAUCUCCUGUUUCAGACCAGGAACCAAUCAGUGACCAGUAUCAAAUAGUGGGUUGUAACUGAAUGAAAUGUGUGGUGCUGUGAUCAUGUGAUUCAAUCAGCAGCGUGACCUUUAUGCACACGGAUGGUGCUUGGCGGGGAGUCAACCUCCUGAUGUCAGAUUUAACGAAGGCAGACCAGCCUGCUCAGCUCAGGACAGGAGAGACAAGAACACAAAGCAUCUUUGCGCUCAGAAAGAAGAGAAUAGAAUAAAACAGGCCGAGAUUACGGGAACUCCGAUGCUCAGUCUGAGGCUCCUCUUCACCCAGUCAAACGUGUUUAAUAUUGGUCAUUAAUUGAUCACCAGCCAAUGGGAGCCCUCUCUGCAUCCUCAGUGUUGUGUCUUCUCUUUCUCUUUGGCCUGAUUCUUAGAGCUCUGGGGCCAAAGCAUGAUGGGAAAUCAUAUUCAUGGACACUGAGACUGCAGGGGGUAAAACUGACGGCUGGCUGUUGGCAAGUGUGAGAGGCUGUGCAGCUUUUGAGCUGUUUUCACUUUUGAUUUCUUAACUUUCAGAAAUAAAUCAUGUUCUGUUCCAUGUUUCUUCCUGGACUCCACCAGAGCUGCUCUGCAUUAUUCACAGUUAAUAAUAAUCCUUCUUUAUCUAAACAAAGCUGUCUCUUUAAUAACCCCUAUCCGAGAGCCCACUUUCUUCUGAUUGGCCUAUUCUGGGAAUCCUGUUGAGGGGCAGGAUCCAGUGUGUUUGGGCCUCACCAGAGCUCAGCGGGUCAGAGUGAAAGGAGCUGCUUCAUCUAAGCUGAAAUAAACUUUAACCUCUUUGUUUGCUCACAUUUUUCUUUUUCAGAGCAUGACGGCGUUCCAGGCGACCGUAAACGACGAAGGUUUGAUUGUGGCGACUUUGGAUAGCUCAGACCUGCAGGAGAACGUCACGGCGUAUGCGGUGCAGAUCUCUGGAGAACCUCGAACCAUCCUGAUCCAGUUCAUAAACACCAGCGAGCCUCUGCUGUACAACGCCUCCUUCCACGGCCUCUGCUACACGGUGGGGCUGCUGCUCAGACGGGGACAGGCUUGGUCCCGCCCCAUGAAGACAGUUGCCGUGCUCACGAGUAAGAACCUCUCCAAUAAAGGGGUUGGGGAGGGUUCAAAAUCACUGAUUCUGAUAUUACAGGAUCGCACCAUGUUUAGCUGCUGGCCUUUACAGGAAAUAAACCUGAGAGUCACUGCUUUCCAUCUGAACCUCUCGCUCUGCUCCUCAGGUAACUCGACAGAAACAGCGACGGUGGAUGAAAGCACUCACGAGUUCUUUACAGAGUUAACGGAGCCGGGAAUAUACCGUGUGCAAGUGACCACACUGAGCUCGUCUGGAGACUGCGAGUCCCGAGAGAGCAGUGGCGACACUGCCUUCACCUUCUACCUCAGUCCCAGCGGCGAGCUGCUGGAGGACCUGCGAGAGCAUCCUCAAGCCGUCAGCGUCAGGCUGCUGGACUCGAGCACCGCUGCCAUCUCCUGGGCGCCAUCGUCGCAGAACCACAAUGGGAGCCUCGUGUCAGUGGUUUCCACCACCUGCCUGAAGCCCAGCCUGAGCCAGAGGAUGGAGAACACCUACUGCAGCGAGGAAAACUCGACGAGUGACAUCAUCACCAACCUGACGCCGGGUGCUCAAUACCGGGUGGUCGUCUAUCACACCAAUGGACCCCUGAUCAGCCCGCCGUCGGAGCCCGUCAUCAUCGAUAUCGAGCCCACCGGCGUGCGCGAGCUCACCGUUUACCCCCUGAGUCCAACGGCGGUGAUCCUCAGCUGGCAGCGUCCAUACCACGUUGCCUUCAGGAAAUAUGUGUUGCAGACCUUCUUCUUCAACCCCGUCACGCUUGCCUCUGAGUGGACCACCUACUACGAGAUCGCCGCCACCGCCUCCGUCAUCGCCUCAGUGAGGGUGACUGACUUGCUGCCUGCCUGGUAUUAUAAUUUCCGUGUUUCCAUGGUGACGUGGGGUGACCCACCGCUCAGCUGCUGCGACAGCUCCACCGUGAGCUUCGUCACAGCUCCCGAGGCGCCUCACAUCUCCUCUGUGGAUUACUCUCAUGGCGUUCUGUACGUCCGCUGGACAUACGGCGAGCUCUUCAUUGACCUGUCGCACUCAAGGAUGCUGCACUGGCAAGUGGUCGCUGUCGGGAAGAAGGGACCGGAGAAGACGUACUCCGUUGACGUGACUCGGAAUGUGAUGCGGGCAAGCCUCCCUCUGCCUCCCGGAGACAUCUACAACCUGACGGUGACGGCAUGCACAGAGCGCAGCAGGAACACGUCCACGCCAAACAUCAUCAAACUGGAGCCGGCUCCUCCCAGAUCGCUGUAUGCCGUCAACGCCACUCACUCGUCCGUGACUCUGCUGUGGACCGAGGAGGGAGUGGUCGACUAUUACCAGGUCCUCUGCAGACCCAGCAAAGCCAGCAAGGAGCAGCUCAAGGCCCUUGAGCCGCAGACCUCCACCUCCCACGUGGUCACCAUUUCUGGUUUGAUACCAUCGUCCAGCUACAACUGCACCGUUACCAGCUUCAGCUACAGCACGCCCAGCAAACCCACACACAUCAGCGUCAGCACCGUUGCCAAAGAGAUGAAUCCAAGCGUUGCUGCCAUCUCGGCUCUGGCUGUCCUCAGCAUCCUGCUCAUCAGCCUGCUCGUUCUGUUCCUGCUUGUGCUGCGCAAGAAACACCUGCAGAUGACCAGAGAGUGUGGCGCGGAGACCUUUGUCAACUUCGCCUCGUUUGAGAGAGACGGAAAGCUUCCAUAUAACUGGCGAAGAAGUCUCUUUGCCUUCCUUACCCUACUGCCAUCCUGCCUUUGGACUGACUAUCUUUUGGCUUUUUAUAUUAAUCCUUGGAGCAAGACUGCUUUAAAGAAACGGAAGCUAACAAGCCCUGUGCAGCUGGACGACUUUGAGGCCUUCUUCAAAGACAUGAGCAAGGACUCUGCCUACAAGUUCUCCUUGCAGUUCGAGGAUCUAAAGAGCAUCGGUUUGGAUCUUUCCCAUGAUGCUGCUGACCUUCCCAUCAACAGGCCCAAGAACAGAUACACCAACAUCCUCCCCUAUGACUUCAGUCGGGUGAAGCUGAUCUCGAUGCACAAUGACGAAGGUUCAGACUACAUCAACGCCAAUUACAUACCCGGCUACAGACACAAUAAAGAGUACAUCGCCACGCAGGGUCCGCUGCCUGAGACCCGCAAUGACUUCUGGAAGAUGGUUUUGCAGCAAAAAUCCCCGAUCAUCGUCAUGCUCACACAGUGCAGUGAACGGCGCCGGGUGAAGUGUGAUCAUUACUGGCCCUUCAAUGAGGACCCUGUGAUGUACGGUGAGGUCAGUGUAGAGUUGCUAUCUGAAAGCGAGUCUCCAGAGUGGAUCAUCAGGAAGUUCAGACUUGGAUAUGCUGAUGAGAGUCAGGACGUCCUCCACCUGAACUACACCUCGUGGCCGGAUCACGGCGUCCCCACGGUAAAUGCCAUCGAGAGCAUCCUGCAGUUCGUCCAUAUCGUCCGCCAGCAGGCCAACAGGACCAAAGACCCCAUCAUCGUCCACUGCAGUGCUGGAGUCGGCAGGACUGGGACCUUCAUCGCUCUAGAUCGCCUGAUGCAGCACAUCAGAGAGCAUGAGUACGUGGACAUCCUGGGCAUGGUGUCGGAAAUGCGAUCGCAUCGCCUGUCGAUGGUUCAGACUGAGGAGCAGUACGUGUUCAUCCAUCAGUGCGUCAUGCUAAUGUGGCAGAAGAAAAAGCAGCAGUCCAUCACCUCGGACGUCAUCUACGAGAAUGCCAGCAAGACAUAAUGAGGACACCUCCAGACGCUGUGAACACACCCCAACCUCCUGUGCUUCAGGCAUCCAUUCUCUGCAGAAGAAGACUCGCUUCAUCAUCAGUAUCAAAAACAAAAAAAAAACACAACAUAGAACAUCUGGGCGAGAGAAAACUAUUAUCAGUCUCUUUCUUUGAAUUGGUGUUAAAGCAUGGGAUGGAGUUUUGCCUUAAGGAGCCUUCACUGACUGACCAACAUGUUCAACCACAGCCCUGCCCUCUGAACUGGACUGACUCACACCAACGUGGGCUCGGAGGAGCGUUGACAAGCUGCGUCUGUUGAGGCAACGAGUCGGUGGAACGGAGUCAGUGGUUUUUCAUUUUUAUUUAUGUUUUUAAUCUCAGGAGUCGCUGUAAAACCAGCAAGCACACUGGCCUCCCCUUCAAACCUUUGUUUUAGGUUCAGGUUUUGCUUUGCCCGUCGUCUUGCACGGUGCAGCUUUCCUGGCUUUUUGGGGCGUAGGAGUCGGCGGCGGUAGAUUUCAUCGUUACGCACUGCCACACCUACCGCACACGUCGAUAAUUAAAAACCCCAAUGGCUCGAGCUCGCUGAUUAACUGCCAGGACUGCUGCACAGGAAGAACCCAGCAAACAUUCACUAAAGAGCGAACCCAAGAUGAGCACAAAUCGGAUGUUUGGAGACACUUACGCCAUCUUUCCAUCAUGGCUGCAUAUGCCAAACUUCAGAAGUGAAAAAUGAGGAACUUUUCAGAUUUCUGCUCCAAAUUACGGCAGAAAAAUAUCAUCAUCAUAACACUAUCCGAACUUUAUCAUGAUCAACCCUAGCGGUGUGAAUGUUUGCUAGGUCUGUACAACAAGAGGGCACAAACGAGUCGAGGGGAACGCCGUACCCACGCUGCCAUCCGUCGCCGCUCGGCGUGUUUGAGGCCAGUUUAGAAGCUAGAGACUGUGGUUGUAGAGCUGUAGUUUGUAUUUGCACUGAGGCCUCUGAGCUGCUGAACAAGAAGGGAAGCAUUUUGCUGCUGCUUCCCACCGUGGGCGAUCAGCACGCAGUCACCAUGCUUGGAGCUGUAGAUCAACGUUAGGACUACUGUAGAGCUUUGGACUGUCCGAUCGGGCUGGCAGAGGAAAAGGACCGUAUCCGACAGCAUGGACAUCGGAGACAGAAUCUCUCAAGUUUGCCCGUUACUGGCCCGAAGUCACAGAAACAUAUCUGCUCAGCAUAUCAGCAGAGCUCAUCUGGGUCCCACAUAAAUUGAUUUUUCACCAUCUAGAAGUGCAGUCAGUUAUUGCACAACUACAAAUUAUACCUUUGAAUCUGGACUAGAAAGUAUAAAUACAUAAGUUACAAAAAUAUCUACAUUUCAAUGUCCCGAUGCAGUCAGUGGUUUUCUUAUACAUGCCCACAGUGACUUCCUAUAAAGAAGUACUACACCGAUAAACGUUUAGCGUACAUUUCACUGGACGUCACGUGUGAUCCAGCGUUUGUAGUGCAACAAAACAGAAUGUACGCAUCCUGUAAGUAUCUUUGACAGUUUAAAAGAAACUUCCUUCACAACGGUUUGUUUUCUCGUUCAUUUUGAACUCUAAGCUUUUCUAUUUAAUUACAGAUUUUUUUGUAGUGUUUUCAAUGAGUAAAACACCCAAAAUUUAAUCACUAACAUUUUAUGUAGUAUUUCCUACCUUUUUACCAUGUCACAUACUACAGUCUAGUAUGUAUUAGACUAAAAGUAUUUUAAACAUGUGCAUUUCACUAAAAUGCAUUUUGUUGGGUUUUGCUUUUGCCACAUUUUGAAAGGAUUUUUCAGGCAUUAUAAGAAAACCAGUGAGCACGGACAUUUAAUAAAAAACACCACAGUUCAGGUUUUUGCUGGUUUUGGGCCCCUGGUGUCGGUUUGCGAAUGGCUGAGACCGACUCAUCAAAUUCGAUCUGUACAGAAAAGUAUUGAAGCAUCAGUGUCUGCUAGUUAGAUCAGAUUCUAUUCAGCGAUUUAGUUUUCAUUGUUCAUCUUUCUACUGAGUAUUUCACAUGAAGGGCAGAAGAAUAUUCACAUUUCCAUCAUUCCUCAAUGAUUGUAGAGAAUGUCUACUGAGCAGAUGAGUGGUCGACUUCAAUGAACCCAAAGUUUUACACUCGAUUCAGGACAUACAGGGUGUCGUCAAAAUAAGAGCUCAACUCUGGGGGACGGGAGUAUAAUCAUUUGGGAUAGCUAUGACUUUGGAAUGAAUCACAAAAGCUGGUUGAACAAUCCAAAUAAAAGAUUUGGUAAAAUGCUAAAAAAUUUAAUCAAGCUUAUAAAAUGUAUAACACAAACUCUGCACUACGUCUACAAUCAAAAUUUAUUGUUAUUUUAGAAAGUGUACUGCAACAUACAUGGUGGGAAAAGUGGAGCGCAUUUCAGAUGAAUGAAAUCAAAAUUCAAUUUGAUUUCAUACCAAACUGAAUUUUAGUUUUUUUCCCAUAAUAAUUACAUUUUGGCACAUCGAGCAAAGCUUUUAAAUUGCUUUGCUAGUUAUUCCCAUAAUGAAUACUAAACCAGGUAACUCUCACUUAAUGCUGAAGUACAGAUUUUUAUUUUGACGACACCUUGCAUUAAGUUUGUGCAAAUAUUUCAGUAAUUAAUGAAUGUUUAAAAAGGCCACUGGCCACUUGUGAAAUGAUUCAUCUUUGUGGCCUUGUGCUUACCACACCUGAAGUCUUUGCCUGUCAGCCGUCUCAGAUCCUCAACGGUUGGGUACUUCGGUUCAGUCGCCGCUCGAUCUGAAAUAGUUUCCAUGUCACUCUUAGAUAUCAGAUGUACUGUACAUACUACUACUACUGCUUAACUAUUCUGUUUCUACUCGUCAUUGCAAAGUUAUUCUUGUGGAGAUGUUGCUUUAGAAGUUUGUUUUUUAAAAGUUGUUGUAAAUGUGAAUCAUCUUUCUCUGAGCUCAGAGCUGAAUUCUCGCCAGCGCCGUUUCUUAAGCCUCAGCGUUUAGAAACGUGACCUGGACGUGGAGGAUGCAUCUGGGGUCUGAGAAAUGCACUUUGGUAUGACUGUCAAAAAAAGAUUUUUAAAAACUGACAGAACUUGCAGACAGUUUUGUGAAGCUCAGCACUGAAACUCUUCUACAGUUCUUUCUUGCUUAGUGUGUGUCCAGUCGAACUCGUACGUCAUUGGUGCCAUUAUUGUGCAUUGUGUCACUUACAGUUUGAAGGAUGAUCCCGAGCUUGGGUCACCGUCACAGAGUUUUACUGUGUGUGUUGGAACAAAAUAAAAAUGUUGCAGUAAAAA